AUGGCGUCUCCCAGCUUCUCUCUCCGAGACUUUUCUUCUCCCAGAAAACAUGACCAAGAAUCGGUUACACCACCGGCCAUCUGUCAGGAUCCUGCCAUACUGACCGGAGACUCCGGCACAAUCACCUCCCCUGGUUACCCGAACAGGUACAAAGACAACCUCCGGUGUUCCUGGACGAUAACUGUCAGCAGGGGAAGGGCCGCCAUCAGGUUUACAAGUAUCGACAUACAGGGACAUAGCACGUGUGCUUACGACUACCUGACGGUGUAUGACGGCGCCAACUCCAGCGGCACACAGCUCGGCAAAUUCUGCGGCAAAACAAUUCCACCGCCGGUCGUGGCCAGUGGAAAGACCAGGCACCUUGUCUUCAUCUCCGACUCUUUAGUUAACGGUCAAGGAUUUUCCAUUGAGUAUGUGGGUAAGGAAAUGUUAUGUCUCACAAGUAGUCAGAAAUUAGUCAGAGUCAGUCAGUCUACUGGCAGAGAAUUUCUCAAACUGCUGCUAAAGACUUCUAGGGGAGAGCCGUGA